AUGUCUGUACCAAGAUUCCAAAAAAUAAACUAUGGGGCACAUGAUAAUUACAUUCCAGUUAGUGAAUUAAGCAAAAAAUCAUGGAAUCAGCAACAUUUUGCUCUGGCAUUUCCCAAACCACGUCGGCCAGGACAAAAAUUAAGAUCAAGGCCUUCCCAACUACGAGAUAAAACAGAUCUUAAAUAUGAUGAAGUCAAAUUAAAGGAAGGUUCUAAACGACCAUUAUGGAUGCACCGUUCUUUAAUGCAAAUUUCUGAAAGGCCAUCUGCUUAUUUAGCUGCCAGGAGACGGCGUCCAUCUAAACCAACUUAUCCCCCAGGUGCAGAGAAACCUUUAUCUCCAAAAAUAGGUAAGGUAGUUAAAGAAGACAAGAAGGACAAAUUAGAUUCAGAAGCUCAAUCUGCAGUUUCACGGGAGUUAAAAAAAACUGAGGCAGAUUCAAAAGCAAAAGACACAGAAGAUAGUUUAAAAACAGAUGAUGAAAAAAAGAGUUCCAAAAAGAUCACGGACUCAGCUACAGAAUCAGAAGCUGAAAAAGGAGACACAAAGAAAGAUGCCAAAAAAAAGAAAGGUUCCAAGAAGGACAAGGGAUCAGAUGCAGAAUCUGGAGAGGAAAAAGGAGACACUAAGAAAGAUGCCAAAAAAGAAAAGAAAGGAUCCAAGAAGGACAAGGGAUCAGAUGCAGAAUCUGGAGAGGAAAAAGGAGACACUAAGAAAGAUGCCAAAAAAGAAAAGAAAGAAAAGAAAGGCGCCAAGAAGGACAAGGGACCAGAUGCAGAACCUGGAGAGGAAAAAGGAGACACAAAGAAAGAUGCCAAAAAAGAAAAGAAAGGCGCCAAGAAGGACAAGGAGACAACAGCAGAAUCCGAAGGGGGGGAAAAAGAGGAAAAAGGUGAUGAAUCAACGGACAAGAAAGACGCCAAGAAAGAUGCCAAGAAAGAUGCCAAGAAAGGAGGCAAGAAAGAUGCCAAGAAAGGAGCCAAGGAAGAAUCCAAGGAAGAAACCAAGGAAGAAACCAAGGAAGGCACUGAGCCAGAAUCCACUGAGGGAAAAAAGGAUGCAAAGAAGGAGGGAAAGAAAGAGGGAAAGAAGGAGGGAAAGAAAGACGAGAAGAAGGAGGGAAAGAAGGAGGGAAAGAAGGAGGGAAAGAAGGGCAAGUAG